AUGUCUUCACCAGAGGUUAUCAAGCUUGUAGUUAUAGGUGAUGGUGCUGUAGGUAAGACCUGUCUGCUCAUCUCAUACGCCAACAAUCGUUUCCCAGAAGAUUAUAUUCCAACUGUAUUCGAUAAUUAUGUAGUAAAUCUUACUGCAGGUGAAAGAAAUAUCGAAUUGGGUUUGUGGGAUACUGCCGGUCAAGAAGAAUACGAUAAAUUAAGACCACUCAGUUAUGCCAAUGCCAAUGUAUUUCUAAUAUGCUUCUCCAUUACCAAUCCAGUAUCAUUUGAAAAUGUUUUGUCAAAAUGGUUCCCAGAAGUUCAUCAUUUUUGCCCAGAUGUUCCAAAGAUUUUAGUUGGAACCAAGUUGGAUACACGUGACGACAGAGCUAUCAUUGAGAAGCUCGAGUCUCAAGGUCAAAGACCAAUUUCAAUUGAGCAAGGUAAUGAUUUAGCAAAGAAGAUUAAAGCAGUCAAGUACAUGGAAUGUUCUGCCAAGACAUCACAGAAUCUCAAACAAGUAUUUGAUGAAGCAAUCAAAUCAGUACUGUUCAUGAAGAAGAAAAAGAAGGCUAGAUGUCUCCUCCAAUAA